ACUGGCAACACAUGGUGAAAAUGAACACAAAAUAUGAGCCUCUAGUUUUGAGUUGAAGUAUUUAGCUUUGUGGUGUCCCUUGUGUUUCCUCUCUUCCUGUACCUUUGGUUUGCAGAAAGGAACAUGGAAGCUGUGUGUGCCUUUUCUGUUGCUACACUUCACAUCCCCAAGCAUUCACAUGAAAUACCAACCCCACUUAGGAAAUCCAUGUUCUUGAGCCCCCAACUGAACUCACCAAUUUCACUUGUUCACAGGGGCACUUCAAAAUCCAAGCUUUCCACUGCCUUGUCACCCCCUCCAUUGGCAGAACCCAGCAACACACCUGAGGCUGAGCCAGAGUUUGAAGGGCAAGCAGAGAAAUUUGACUGGUACUCUCAAUGGUACCCUUUGAUGCCAAUUUGUGACCUUGACAAAAGGAAACCACACGGGAAGAGGGUAUUAGGCAUUGAUGUGGUUGUGUGGUGGGAUAGGAAUGAGGGUGCUUGGCAGGUUCAUGAUGAUGCUUGUCCUCAUAGAUUGGCACCCUUGUCUGAUGGAAGGAUUGAUCAAUGGGGCAGGUUGCAGUGUGUGUACCAUGGUUGGUGUUUUGAUGGCAAAGGAGAAUGCAAAUUGAUUCCUCAGGCACCCCCUGAUGGUCCUCCGAUUCAUACGUCCAAAAAAGCAUGUGUAGCUGCUUAUCCAAGUACUGUGCAAAAUGAUAUCUUGUGGUUCUGGCCAAAUACUGAUCCUCAAUACAAAGAUAUUAUUACAAGAAAAAGACCCCCAUUCAUUCCACAAUUAGAUGAUCCAUCGUAUACUAAAUCAAUGGGAAACAGAGACAUUCCUUAUGGGUAUGAAGUACUGAUAGAAAAUCUUAUGGACCCUGCACAUGUUCCAUAUGCACACUAUGGACUAAUGCGUACUCAGAAGCCAAAAGUGAAAGUUGAUAGAGAAGGGGGCAGGCCACUUGAAUUGUUUGUUGAAAAGUUAGAUAUCAAUGGUUUUACAGCAGAUCAAGGUUGGAGCUUAAGCAAAUUUAUGCCACCUUGCAUUUUUUAUGCAUAUACUGAUCGAGAUCAACCUGCCUCAUCUGCUGAAACUCAGAAACCAUCAGCUCAGAAGAAGUUUGCUUUAAUCUUUGUUUGUGUUCCUGUUAGUCCUGGUAAAAGCAGAUUGAUAUGGUGCUUCCCAAGAAACUUUGGAUUGUGGAUUGACAAAAUUGUACCACGAUGGAUAUUUCAUAUGGGACAAAACCUGAUUCUGGAUUCAGACUUAUAUCUUCUCCAUGUUGAGGAACAUAAAAUAAUGGAUAUUGGUCCAAAGAAUUGGCAAAAAGCUUGUUUUGUUCCAACAAAGUCAGAUGCCCUUGUAAUUGGUUAUAGAAAGUGGUUAAAGAAGUAUGCGGGUGGUCAAGUUGAUUGGAGAGGAAAAUAUAGUGGGACUCUUCCUCCAACACCUCCAAGAGAACAGCUUAUGGACAGGUACUGGUCCCAUGUGGUGAAUUGCAAGAGUUGCAAUUCUGCUUACAAGAGCCUCAAUGUGGUUGAAGUAAUGCUGCAGGUCAUAUCUGUCGCUUCAAUUGGGAUUGUCGCCACCAUGAAGCAGGGAACAAUGUCAGUGGCAACAAGAAAUUCAAUGUUUGCGUUAGCAAUACUAUCAUUUGCUCUGUCUCGGUGGUUAGCUCACUUCAUAUACAAAAACUUCCGUUGUCAUGACUACGACCAUGCAUUUCGCUGAAUUCUGACCUGUGUUUUCCGUAGUCCUUGUCUAGCUAUUUGUAUACAGAGAUUAUACACACUCCACAAAAAUAAAGUUAUUACACUUUGAUUUACC